GUGACAUCGCUUUCCGGUUCCUGGAGUACAUUCGUUCUCAGCAGGAGAGGCAGCAGAGGCGGGCAAUGUCGUUGCGACAGACACCGUUGUGGCGGGACGUUUCUGACAGAUAUCCGGAUGGGGGCGGAGCUCCAGAGUCUGCAGUUGUGGUCUGUGACAUCAACAAGGAGAUGCUGAAAGUGGGCAGACAGCGGGCCGACAGCAGAGGGGUCACGACAGGUCUGUCCUGGGUGGUUGGAGAUGCAGAGGAGCUGCUCUUCAACGAUGACCAGUUUGAUCUUUACACCAUCGCAUUCGGCAUUCGGAACGUCACUCACAUAGAUCAGGCGCUCAAAGAGGCUCUUCGGGUCCUGAAACCUGGCGGCAGGUUCCUGUGUUUGGAGUUCAGCAAAGUGACCAAUCCUGUGCUGGAACGGUUCCAUGAAGGUUGAGGCUCAUCUUGGUCUCCUAGAAGUUCUUUACUGGAUCUUCAGGUUCUGGUUCCCUAGAGUCCACAAUCCUCGUGGAUUCAGGGUCACUCAGGCUCAAAGCUGCCUGACCCAGCAUGCUACGGUCACACUCGGUUCCAUUUGGUACCCGACCGGUACCACAGAGACCGGAUGAUGAAGCAGCAGCAUUCUGAACAGGUGGAGAUCUUCCUGAGAGCCAACGCCAUCACCAGCCUUUUCUCCUGGACUGGAGUUCAGUCUAGAACAUUUUGGUUUUUGCAUCUAUAAUUGCUGUCUUCUGCCCUCUGGUGGCAGAUUGAUGUACUACAUCCAGGAGGAUGGAGAGGAUUUUCAAGGAUUUUCUUAUCAUCAAUAACAAUAAAAUCCUUUUAGAUUUGUUAUA